AUGCCCGGGCCUUCGACGUCCAACCUCCUUGAGGCUGUGCCCACAGCGCAGCCGGCUCUUGGCGAGAAGCCUCCGAAACUGGGAGGCGAGGAGCCAAGUUCCGAGGACCUGCACCUAAAGCGGUACAGUGUUAGAUGUGAAGGGCGCUGGCGUGUACGAUCGGCACCCUCACUGAGCUCCAAGGUGAUAGGUACCAUCGCACACGGCACAGUUGUCGUCGGCCAGGACUGUGCCGGUGAGAUUCUACCUCAAGGCAUGUCCGGUACGGCGCCGAUACCAUCGUUUCAGCAAGACACGAGCUUGCCAUCUGACGUCCUUCAGGAGGCUUUGGAGAGCCUCACGGCUCUGUGGGUGAAGGUAGUUCGCUUCGAGGCCCAGGAACCUAUGGGAGUCUCCGAGAUCAAACGCGAUUCGGCAACAGGCGGUGGAAUCUAUUGCCUGCGGCGCAAUGCCAUGGGCUAUGGUUUGUAUCAGUCGAACACUGAACCGCGCGAUGGUCCUCUCAUUCUUUUGCCAGAGCACCUGGGCCUGGAGCUUCGCCUCGACGCGCAGCGGGCGGCGUCAGAUCGGGUGGAGGAUGUUUCGCUGACUUGGAAGUUGCUUGGGGCAGCCGAAACUGUGGGCCGCUUCUUUUCUUUGUCGGCAGAAGAUGAGGCUGGUAUCAACGAGGACAUUCAGGCUGCAUCUUUGCGUAGACCGGAAGACUUGUUUGAAGUGAAGCAGCGCGAGCAACUGAAGAAGGCAAUGGCCGCGUUGCGAGUUCCCCUAUCGGAUCUGGUUGCAAAGGUCGAUGGUGAGAGCUCAGCGGCUGAUUUGCUUGCUGGCUUGCCGAAAGAUUUGUCAAGGCGGUUUUCACGUUUACGCCAUGCCUUGACAGCGGCGGCAUCCGAAACAAACUCUUUGGUUGUGUGUCCUCGAGGGGCUGGCCAAGAGGAUACAAUGCCAGUUGAGGAUGUAGCCAACGCAGCCAUGGAUGAUCACAAGGUGGAAGGAAGCGUGCAGGAUCUGUCGGAUUUCAUUGCUGUUUGCGAGAAACUGGAGCGUACGGGUUCCUGGACGUGUGUUGAGACUCAGCUUCGGCAGGAGGUCAUCGCCUUCAGCACGAAGCAUGGUCAAGAGAUACAGAAGUUCGUGAGGCUGCGCUGCAAGGAUUUGGCCCAGAUGGUGGUGCAGGAUACGUCGCCUUCGGCUCCAGGCUUACUGGAUGAUCUCAUUGAGACAAAGCCGAAGUCUGUCGGUGGCUCCACGGCUUUUGCACUGCCUUUGCUGCCUCCGCCGCCAUCAUCUGUUUGUAGCGUCACCCGGAAAGCGUGA